AUGAGCUUUGAUCUAUCUAGUUUGUUAAAGAAUGAAAUAGCCAAGAAGCAGCAGAAUUUGAAUAUACCCGCAAGAGAGGUGGAACCGGUUGAAGCGCCACAGGCCAGCGAUGAGGAAAAGGUUACUGAAGAAGUGGUGGAAAGCAAUGCAGAAGCGAUAGACGAAAAUCCUUUAAAUGAGCAAUUAGAAAGGUUAAAUAACCGACCUGCUAGAGUCGAGCAAAUCAUUUCUGAAGACUCCAAAAUCUCUAUAAAAAUCGAUCCAACGUCAAUUGGUGACGAACAAAAGGUUCAAUCGUUAUCCCGUCAAUGUAAUCUAUACAUUCAUGAGAUUCUAGCUCAAUGGGAUGAAAACCAACCAGAGUAUCACCCAGAACUGCUCACGGAGACCAAGAAAUCCUUAUUCCCACUACUUGUCAAGUUACGGCGAGGGACUCUGGCCCCAGACCUGGUGAUUUCUCUCGCUACAGUCCUCUAUCAUUUGCAACAACCAAACGAGAACAACCUGGCCAUAGAAUCCUACAUGAAGUUGAGCAUCGGAAAUGUCGCAUGGCCCAUCGGUGUGACAAGCGUCGGAAUUCACGCCCGUAGUGCACACUCCAAGAUACAGGGUGAGAACGGGCCCAUUGCCAACAUAAUGCUAGAUGACCAGACAAGGUUAUGGAUCACUAGCAUCAAGAGACUGAUCACUUUCCAGGACUGGUUGGCCAGCACGUGA